AACACUAGCCACCUAAGGUGAUUAAUUCUUGCAUUUUACCAAAUUUGUGAACGCUUGAAAAACUUUGCGUUUUCUUUCAAUUUGGCGCAGGUAAACCAAAGUCUCACUUUGCACCAACGCUAGCUUAAUCGUGUAGACGGCCCAGAGUCCGCGAUUAAAACUAGAAAUAACACAGCGACGUGCACGCCGAAGCCUGCUAAAAACAACGCCCAAAAAGAAAACGAAGGCAACUACGUGUGUGGUUCGAAUUUUAAGCUGCAUUUAUUAAAUAAGUUUUGCAAUGGCCGAGAAAUACACGUUUGGCAACACGCCGGCUUCCAUUACGUGCCACGCCUGGAACAAGGAUCGCACGCAAAUUGCUUUAUCGCCGAACAACCAUGAGAUUCAUAUCUACAGCCGGGAGGGCAGCGGCUGGAAGCUAGCCGACGUUCUUAACCAGCACGAUUUGCGCGUUAUGGGCAUCGAUUGGGCCAAGAAUACCAAUCGCAUAGUCAGCUGUGCCGCCGAUCGUAAUGCGUACGUCUGGACUCAGGCCGAUGAUGGCAAAUGGAAGCCAACGCUAGUUUUGUUGCGUAUCAACCGGGCCGCUACCUGCGUCAAAUGGUCGCCGGCAGAGAACAAAUUUGCUGUUGGCUCAGGAGCGCGACUCAUUUCGGUCUGUUACUUUGAAUCGGAGAACGAUUGGUGGGUCUCGAAGCACAUUAAGAAGCCCAUACGCUCCACGGUCACCUCGCUGGACUGGCAUCCGAAUAAUGUGCUCCUAGUGGCUGGCUCCACGGACUACAAGGUGCGCGUUUUUUCGGCUUUCAUCAAGGACAUCGAAGAGCCACCAACAACAACAUCCUGGGGCAAUCGCAAACCGUUGGGUCAGCUCAUGGCUGAGUUUAAGAACUCGUCCACCUCUGGAGGCGGCUGGAUCAAUAACGUGAGCUUCUCGAGCGAUGGCAACAAGGUGUGCUGGGUGGGUCACGACAGCUGUGUGAGCAUUGCUGAUGCCACCAAUGGCAAUACGGUGAUACGCUGUCGCACCGGCUAUUUGCCUUUCCUCUCCUGCGAAUGGGUCUCACCCACAUCGGUUGUUGUGGCCGGCUACAGCUGCGUGCCACUGCUGUACAGCCUAAGCGCGGACAAUAAACUUGUGCUGAGCGGCAAGCUGGAUAAAUCCCAGAAACGCGAGGCUAGCGGUAUUACAGCCAUGCACUUCUUCAAGUCAAUGGAUUGCAAUAUGCGCACAGAAAACACGGAUGUGGUCGUGGACUCCAUACACCAGAAUGCUAUAACCAGCAUACGUUUGUAUGCCGGGGAUAAGGCUAACGCCAGCAAGGUAUCAACCUCUGGUGUCGACGGUCAGCUGGUCAUCUGGACCGUCGAACAGGAUGGCAUUAAUGGCGGCAUGCGUAAUAUGCAGAUCUAAGUGCAUCCUGUUGUUUUCCCUCUUGUAUGUUUUGUGUAUUUUUAUCUGAUCUGCAAGUUAUUUUUUUUUGUUAAGAACAAAAUGUUAAUUGCAGGCCAGGCGCACAGUAUUUUGCCAAAAUGUUUUCAAAAUCGCUUUUCCAAUUGUUUAUCGUAUGAAAGCUUUUUAUAUAUAAUAAUUUUUAACGCAAAUAACUAAAGAGAUUAUGUUCUUUAAUUCUUCCAACUCAUAA